AUUUUUUCACGGCAAGGGGUCAGCCUCUUCUCACUACUGGUCAGGAGGCACCUGGGCGAAGCUGCUCUGAACGUGAACACCAACUCCAACUCUAGAGCAGACUACCAGGCCUACGUGGAGCUGAACGUGCUGAUGAAGGACCAGAACCAGCAGGGCUACUGGCAGGAGGCUGGGCGAUGGGCGGGGUACGAGGAGAACUACGACCCAGAGGCAGGGGGCUGGGGCCCCUCGCAUAUCUCCUACCUGACCUUUAAGAGCCUGAUCCAGUUGCACAAGACCAUGAGCACAGGUGUGGUGAUGCUGGACCGGGAGGAGCGCACACUGAACAGUAUUGUUGAGAAGGUAGCGGACGAGCUGGUAAACAAGAAUGAGAUCCAGCCAGGUGACCGAGAGGGCCUGCUGAGGUCACUGCUGCAGAGCCGCAGCCAAUCAGACCCAAAAGAGACCCAGGCACUGAGCUCUGGGUUGGAGAUUGAGACUUUCUCCGUUACAGAGAGGAGAGAUGGAUCUGACGUUGUGGAAGCCUCUAUGGUUCUUGCAGGGGCUCUGGACUUCCUGCUGAAGCCCACUGUAGCUUUUGUGAGACUAAAAGAGGCAGUGGUGCUGGAUUCUGCCCUGGAGGUGCCGGCGCCGGUCCGGUUUGUCUUUGUGCUGGUGGGGCCCGGUCAGAGCGGCAUGGACUACCACGAGACAGGGCGUGCCAUGGCAACAUUAAUGGCCGAUAAGGUGUUCAACUCAGCAGCCGUUCACGCCCAGGGGGAGCGCGAGCUGACGGAUGCCAUCGCAGGCUUCAUGGACUGCAGCAUAGUGAUCCCGCCAACCGAGAUUCAGAACGAGUCUAUGCUGAAGCCUAUCAUAGGCUUCCAGAAGAAGCUGCUGCAGGACCGCCUCCACAACACAGAACCCCACCUGAGCCUCAACAUCAAGCCUCGCAGGAUUUCCAAAGCUGACGGGCCACCGCCAGAGGACCCUCUGGCACGCACAGGAAGGCCAUUCGGUGGAAUGUUCAGGGACAUGAAGAGAUACCGUUACUACCUCAGCGACAUCACUGACGCAAUGAACGCCCAAGUCCUGGCUGCUAUCAUCUUCAUCUACUUUGCCGCUCUGUCCCCCGCCAUCACCUUUGGAGGCCUGCUUGCUGACAAGACAGAAAACAUGAUGGGUGUGUCUGAGCUGAUGAUCUCCACUGCUAUCCAGGGCAUCAUCUUUUGCUUCAUUGCUGCCCAACCGGUCCUGGUCAUCGGCUUCUCAGGUCCCCUGCUGGUGUUUGAGGAGGCCUUCUUUGCAUUCUGUAAGUCACAGGGGAUCGAGUACAUCGUGGGCAGAGUGUGGGUGGGUAUCUGGCUGGUGGCCAUCGUAGUGGCUAUCGUUGCCGUUGAAGGAAGCUUCCUCGUCAGGUUCAUCUCACGCUUCACGCAAGAGAUCUUCUCCAUUCUCAUCUCUCUCAUCUUCAUCUACGAGACCUUUGCCAAGCUCAUAAAGAUUUUCAAAGCCCACCCUCUGAUUCUGAACUACGCGCAUCUGAAUGGCACCGUCGAGGAUCCUUUCCACGCUGUUUUUGAACACCAGCACAAUGCUACAGGAAACGUAACCACCCUUGUGCUCCCCGAGCACAGGGCUUACCCCAACACUGCUUUGCUCUCCAUGUGCCUCAUGUUCGGAUGCUUCUUCAUUGCAUUCUUCCUCAGGCAGUUCAAGAAUGGACAGUUUCUGCCUGGCAAAGUCCGUCGCUUGCUCGGAGAUUUUGGUGUACCGAUUGCCAUUUUCGUCAUGGUUGCUGUGGACAUUAACAUUGAUGAUACCUAUACUCAGAAAUUGGUGGUGCCAAAGGGUCUGCAGGUGUCCAACCCAGCUGAAAGGGGUUGGAUCAUCAACCCUCUGGGGAUACAUAAAUCCUUUCCCGUCUGGAUGAUGUUCGCCUGUGUAGUCCCAGCCUUGCUUGUCUUUAUCCUCAUUUUCCUGGAGUCCCAGAUCACCACGCUAAUUGUGAGCAAGCCAGAAAGAAAGAUGGCCAAAGGCUCUGGUUUCCAUUUGGACCUGCUGAUCCUGGUCAGUAUGGGGGGCCUGAGUGCCAUAUUUGGUAUGCCUUGGCUGAGUGCUGCCACAGUGCGUUCUGUCACCCACGCCAACGCCCUCACCGUCAUGAGCAAGGGACCAAAGCCUGAAAUUGAGAAAGUGUUGGAGCAGAGGAUCAGUGGAAUUCUGGUGGCCUUGCUAGUUGGCCUGUCCAUUCUAAUGGAGCCCAUCCUUAAGAUGAUCCCCAUGACUGCUCUGUUUGGGAUCUUCCUCUACAUGGGUAUCACCUCGCUCAAUGGGAUCCAGCUAUGGGACCGCAUUCGGCUGCUAUUCAUCCCCAAGAAAUAUCACCCACAGGAGCCCUAUGCUACCCGGGUGAAGACCAGCCGGAUGCACAUGUUCACUGUAAUCCAAAUAGCGUGCUUGGUGAUGCUGUGGGUGGUGAAAUCCAGCAAAGCCUCCCUCGCCCUGCCCUUUGUCCUCAUCCUCACCAUCCCCUUGCGAAUGUUCAUGACAAGCUACGUCUUCACUGACCUGGAGAUGAAAUGUUUGGAUGCUGAUGAUGCCAAAGUGACAUUUGAGGAGGAACCAGGCCAGGAUGUGUACAACGAGUCCCAGAUGCCAUUGUAGUCCCCUUCUACUCUUCAAAAACACGAGAGCCCUAUCCCAAAUUUGUCCCUCAUGCUAGCACACCAAAACAAAUUAUUUACCAACAUUACCAAUAUAUACAUUUUCAAAUUAGUUUUAAAAUUUCUUGUUUUUGUGUGGUAAACAAUACUUUACAAUUCCACUGCCUUUUAAAUUCCAUUAUAUGAAUUACACAUUUAAAUAUUUAAUAUAUUAUUUUAAUAAUUAGAGAAAAACUUUCUUGUUGUAAAGGCACUUGCCUAUAUACACAUCUACCUAUUCCACUUCCAUUUGCAGUUAUGCCCUCAAAGCUAUACCAAGAUCUUAUCCUGUUUUUCCAAAAUGUAUUAUACUCUAAUUUGCUGUCAGAAUAAUGUGUUAUACUGCUAAAUUAUUUGCUUUAUAUUUUACAGGAAGUCAUUUAAAAAAAAAAUGAAAGUGUAAUUUUAUUUUAUAAAAAGUUUUUGUUUUACUGUGACAGAGCCAUUCCUUUAUAAACAAAUUGUGCUUGAAAAAUAUUUGUGUAUAUUGCCAAAUGACGGACCCUUGAUUUUCCAGGCUUAUACUUUGUGGCCUCUUACUAGUGCCUUACUUCAGUGUGGAAAUAAUGUCAUUGUUAUCAUGCAUUUUUAUGUGAGAUUAUUAUGGAUAACAUAUUUUAUAUUUUAAACCUGAAAUCAAGAAUACAAUAGUACAUCUAAACAUGUUCAAGGGAAGGGAUUAACAGAAGGGUUACAUUGGGUAAUGUCUGUGCCAUUAGUGUGAUCUUUAAGUAUCCAUUAAAGAACUUCAAACAAA